GACGUGGACGACGUCAGUAUCGUUUCGGUAUCGCGACCGCGCGCAACCCCGACGACCACGGACCACGCGCCCAGCACUAGGUACUGCGCCGACAACCCUCGUGUGACCGCGGACACCCGCGCGUACUCUCUGCCCCCAACUCGCUCACGGUGCCAUACGUUAGGCACACGGGACCCGGCGUGAUGCCCGUCCCGUCCGUCCGGUAACGUUUUUACUAGCGUUUUUUUUACCAUCCAACCUCGGACCGCCCGUCCAAAUUAUUUGUUUGCGCACGUACCCGACACAUUCGUAUUUAUGACGUUACCGUCAACCGUUCGACAAACGCUGCGGGUCCGCACCGACGGUAAUAACAUCGCGCACAAACGUUGGUGAAAAAAAUAAAUAAAAAUAAACAAACAAAACUGUUUAAAACGUUUUCGUGGUUCGUUUCCUCUCGUGCCGUGCUUUUGCGAUGGAUCCGAGUAGACCGCCAAUCCGGUAACCCGUCGCAAACCGGAAAUCCACGUUUUCCGUUUUUUCGUUUGAAAAUCCUUAAUCCAGUUUUAGUCAUGGAUGCUGGUAGUUCAGUUUGCGUGGCUUUGGCAUUUCUCGUCAACUAUAAUACGUUAAAAGCUGGUUUCGUGUAUGAUGACAGCCGAGCGAUUGUCAACAAUCCGGAUGUGACCAGAGCCACGCCGCUGGGCGACAUAUGGACGAAUGACUUCUGGGGCACGCCAAUCGGUUCGAGCAACUCGCACGGUUCGUACCGGCCACUGUGCGUGGCCUCAUUCCGCCUGAACCACUGGACCGGUGGCCUGGACCCGAAGGGCUACCACGUAGCCAACGUGCUGCUCCACUGCGUGGUCACGUACCUAGUGUACGCGCUGUACCGCACCCUGAUGCCGCGGUGCAAGCCCGCCGUGGCUGCGGCCGUGUUCGCCGUGCACCCAGUGCACGCGGAGGCCGUGGCCGGCGUGGUGGGACGCGCUGACCUGCUUGCCGGCCUGUUCUACCUGUCCGCGUUCAUGUGCUAUGUGACACACGUCCGGCACCGCGACCGCACCGCUGACCCGCGCCGCCGACCCGUGUGCUGCGACGCCGGAUGCCAUCGCAAGACGUACCGGCUGGGCUCCGCGGUACGUACCGUGUUCGCCACGCUCGGCCUGGGCACGUGCUCCAGUGACCUGGACGGGCUCCCCGGUGGUGUGACCGAGUGCUGUGCGGUCCGCGAGUGGGCCUGCCUGGCAGCCACCGUCACCAUGGCGGCUGCUUCCAUGCUGGCAAAGGAGACCGGCGUCACGGUGCUGGCCGUGUGUGCCGUCUACGACAUACUCUUCGCCGGCAGAUCCAACAACAAGAACUCCGGUGGAACGUACCGGUCGCUGGUGAUCCUGUCGGCCGCGGCGGCCAUCCUACUGUUCGUGAGGAUGUCGCUGAUGGGAGACGGUGGCGCGCCGGUUUUCGCUGCGGCCGACAACCCGACAGCCAAAUCGCUGAGCCUGGUCACCCGGACACUGACGUUCCUCUAUCUGCCGGUCGAGAACAUCCGGCUGCUGGUCUACCCGCGGCGGCUCAGCUUCGACUGGUCCAUGGACGCGGUGCCGCCCGUCACGUCCGUGUACGAUCCCCGCAACGCGCUGUCCGUCGCACUGUUCGUGGCGCUGUUCACCGUGGCCAGGAGGUCUGUGACAGCUGCGUACCGAGCCAAGCAGCACCAUCGGACCCCGUGCUACCGGUCGCACCGGUGCAGUUCCAAGACCAAGUACGAUCGGCCGGCCGACCAAUCCGACGACCCGGUUCGAUCGGUUGCGCUAGCCGUCGCUUUGACUGCCAUACCGUUCGUGCCGGUGUCCAACAUGUUCUUCUACGUGGGCUUUGUCCUAGCCGAACGUGUGCUGUACAUGCCCAGCGUGGGCUACUGUUUCCUGUUCGGUUAUGGUUAUGCUGCGCUGGAGCGCAGGCUGGGUCACAAGUGGCCCAGGAUGGGGCUGGCCGUGGUGCUCACCGUAUAUGGAGUGCGUACCAUCAUCAGGAACAACGACUGGCGAGACGAUGAGUCGCUGUACCGGUCGGCCGUGCAUAUCAACCCGCCCAAAGCUUAUGGAAAUUUGGGUUCAAUACUGAGCAGUCAAGGUCGGCUAGAAGAGGCGGAGACAGCCCUAAGAACAGCGCUAAGAUAUCGACCAAAUAUGGCGGACGUGCAUUACAAUCUGGGAAAUUUACUACGAGACAAAGGCAAUACAGAAGCAGCCGUGUCUAGUUACAAAAAUGCAAUCAAGUAUCGACCAUCUUUAGCAGUGGCAUACCUAAACAUGGGACAGUUGUUGGCCACGAUGGGCCGUUGCGAAGAAGCGGAAUCUGUGUUGAAAUUAUGUGCCUCCCUAGACGGCUCGCUUUCUAAGGACCCUGUGAACCACGAGACCAGUAGAGUAUCAGCGUUAGUUACGCUGGGCAAACUGCACGCCGAUCGGGGUCGGUUUUUGGAUGCGGUACAAGCUUAUAAGCACGCAGUCACAGUACUGCCACCGUACUAUAACCCUCGAGUACUGUUCAGUCUGUACGGCGACGCGUUGGCACAACUCAACAGGCAAAGGGAGGCGGAAAUGUGGCAUAAGGCAGCCCUGGAAGUCGGACCGGAUCACGUUCCCGCGCAUUUGAGCUACGGAAAAUGGCUUGCGAAAAACAGAACCCGUAUUCAUGAAGCAGAAAAUUGGUUUCUACGAGCAAAAAAAUUGGCUCCCGGUGACGCGUCGGUGUACAAACAUUUCGGCGUGUUCCUGUUGGAACAAGAACGAUAUCCCGAGGCGGCUGCCCAACUGGUAGAAGCCGUCGUGUUGGAGCCCGAAGACUACGAUCUGACCGUGACAGCGGCUACGGCACUCAGGCAAGCGGGCGUGUCGCUCAGGGCCGAGGACAUGUACAGAAAAGCAGCCACGCUCAGGCCACAGGACGCGAGCAGCCACAGUAACUUGGGAGCCAUGCUGCACCUGAACGGCAAACACCGGGAGGCGUUGUCCAGCUACCAGAACGCGUUGAGGAUAUCGCCUGACGACCGGACAACGUUGGACAAUCUGAACAAACUGAGGAACGUUUUGCGUCGCCGGUCUCGGGCGUAAUAAUGGGAAGCAGAGCGCACAUUACCGUUUUGAUAUUUUUUAUCUUUCCAUCUCUCUACAUAUGCAUAUAAAUAUACAUAUAUAUAUCUC